CUCGUUUUUAAACUGUAUAUUUAUCAUCUUGACUAAACCUUGAUAUUUUUCAUUCUUAGGUGCGAGAAUUAUUGCGUGUUCAGGAUUGUAAUGGUCCUAGAAUGUUGACUUUGAUCACUGAGCAAUUUCUGGCUGAUCCAAGACUUCAGCAAAAUGUCGCGAUGACUGACAAAUGUCGCCAACUCUGGGGUCAUCUUGGCGCGCUCUGGAUGUGUAUUGCGUUGAAUCCAAACUGUGAAUCUCACGAGAAACAAUCCUUGAAGGAACAACUACAACAGUGGAGUGAUCUCGAAGUUUGCCCUAUUGAAGAUGAAGCUUGUGAAAAUUCUGGAAAACAAACCGUGUUCUCGCGUGCAAUAUCUGCUUGUGAUCUCGACUGGAAUAGUAAAGUGCUUCAGAGAAUAUUGAAAUCUGAUGGUCAACAUUUAGUUUGGUUCGGUAAGCAUCAAAUUCCCUUUCCAUCUUUAUUUCUUUAUAAUUUUUAAUUUUGGAUUGUGUCUGGGCAGCGUUCCUGCUUUCCAAAAACUUAGUCAAUUAAUUAUUAAAGGCAGAAUUUACACUUGAUAUGGUUUUCGUGAUCGCAGUCUCAAAUUGUAGAUGAAAAAUAUUAAAAGCGAUUCAGAUAUUGUAUAGCCAUUUUUUAAAUUUUGCGGUUUGACUGAAUAUUCACGAAUAUAACCCAAGGUAAAAAUUUGGCUUUUUGCCUUUAAAAAAACGCGUCUUUUCCGCUUGUGCGUUUUUGCUAAAUGUAUUGUUAUGGCGACCAAGAUUAUCCCAAAAUAUUAAAUUACUGAUUGAAUACUAUUGAAUUCGAAUGGAUCCAUGACUAUGUGUAUUCAACUGUAUUUAACGGUACCUAAUUGUUUUUCUCAAUCUUUCAGAGGAUCUCUGUAUAUCAGCAGCAAGAAUUGAUGCAUUAAAAACUCACGGUUUCCAAACAGAGGCUCUACGUUUGGCUGUGGCUGUCGCGAAUGGAAUGAAGCAAAAACAAGAUGAAACAUUACGUAAAAUACGCGAAGAAGAUUUUACAACGUCCGUCGCUACUUCGGGCUGGAUUGGAAAUGUUCUCGAACCUAUUCCGACACUAUACGAUACCUUGACGGAAGCUACCGACGAAGAUACGACAGAUAAACCUUACAUAAACUUAGCUUUACAUGUUGCACUAAUCGGGCUGAGUCAACAUCGCCGUAUGCCCAAGUCAUCUUUUGGUCAACAGAAAUCAAGUAACGAGGAAGAACAACUCAUUGCGCAGUUAACCAUGUUGAAACUAGACAAUAAUUUAUUGAACAUUAUACAUGAACAAGCGUGUAAAAUCCUAGAAAUGAAAUCGUCUGACGGUAGUGGUCUAUGUGUAGAUAAGAACAGUGUACCACUUCAAACAUUCGCGCGGUAUUUAUUUAACGUUUUGAUCCACGAGGACAGAGAACUUGCAUUCCAGAUUGGAAUGAGUGCAUUACAAAGUGACUUCGUGAGAAAUGAGCGUCCAAGCGAGACAAAAUGGCAUACAUUUGCACAUUUGGAAGCACAACAAUGUGAACUGGCUGCUUGUAUGAUUAAAUCAUGCAAGGAUGACAAAGAUAAACUACAAAGUCUGUUAGUUCUGAUCAAGAAACACAUUCACAAUGCAUCUUAUUUAUUCCGUCUGGCUCAAGAUACUUUAAAACUGAAAUGUGAUGAAGAUCGUGAUAUCUGUGAAAGCGCCUUAGAUCUUGGUUUACAUAUUUUGACCUCAACACUCAACAAAACAAACUGUAAACGCCGGGAUAUUAUCCAAUGGUUAUUAGCGUGUUCCUUACAGUUAGAUAAGUCUGUCCUUGUCACCAUCCUUCAAAACUGGCAAUCCCUCUUCACUCCCACUGAAGUGACCAACUGUGUCGCACCAAUUGCAAUGUCCCAGUGUGCUUACCAAGAACUCGAACUUAGUCAGUCAGAACAAGAUUCCUUACAUGCUUACAUCCAAGCCCUAAUAUUCCAGUGUAUAAACAAAGAUCCUCAGUCGUGUGCCUUGUCAGCGCUAACACUCUGUGAAACCGAACCUAAGACCUUUGAGACCGCGUACCGUAUCAUUGUCGAGUGUGCUGGCUCAAUUUCCCCCACACAUUUGUUUGCUAUCGCGAGAUACAUGGACCACAAGAACCAUCCAGUCAAAGCAUUUCGUCUGGCGGGGCUGGCUAUCAAACACUCCAGUGUAGCUAACAAUGAAUCUGGUCCUUCUGUUGGUGAUGUACACUGGGCCUGUGGUCUUGCUCAUGCCCUGGGGAAAACUGAACUGGCUCAUAUGAUAUUAUUGAUUGUGAACGCAGUACAAUGUCCGUCUGUCCUCUCUGAUCUAUUGCACCGCUGUACACUAACACCUGUUGGUGUGGCGCAGAUUAACCCGCAAUCAGGUGGUCCCACCCGCCUAACCUAUGAUGAUCCAUGCCUGCAACCUUUGGUUGAAGCUGCUAUCAACGCAUACGUGAACUGUGCUCAUAACAGACUGAAUCAAAUCAGCCCUAAACACUACACUGACUUUACUGAUUUCCUGUUGCAAGCCAAAGAAAUAUUUGUACUAGCAAAAGACGGUGAUAAAAGAUUUAAUGCGCUUAUUGAGAACAUGAAAAUAUUGUAUCGUGGCAAGAGAAAGCUUAUGACUCUUGUUUCAGAACGAGUUUGCUAAGUUGAGAACUUUAUAAGUUAAGAACUUUUUAGAACAAUCGGUAUUUUAGAUGCAAAUAUUUGUUCAUUUACCCAUCAAGAAUUUGUUUAGAAAGUGUUGUUCAAAUGUGCAUGUUUGUUUGGAUAAAAGACAAAUAUUUGCAGCUAAAAUAGUUAUAAAUGUAUGUGUAAAUAUGUUGAAAUUAUUUCAGAGAAAAUAUUGAAGUUUAUUUGUAAAUAUUGCAAAGUAAUUAAUGUACAUAAAGUAUUUAUUAUAUGGAAGAACAAAUUUACAGAAAGGAGUCUAUCAAUAAAUGAGAUUUUUUAUUUAAAUUUUCUUUGCAUUGUUUGUUUGU